AUGGGCAACGAGGCGAGCCUGGAGGGCGAGGGGGCCGAAAGCGCGGCGGAUGGCGGGGCGCGAGGGCCGGCCUCUAUUCCAGCCGGCGUGCAGGAGGACCUGAGCCGGCUCAGCGCGGAGGAAAGGAAGCAGAUCGCCGCCGUCAUGCACAGGACGCAGCAGGGGCCUCCCGGCACGGAGACACCCCCCACGCCAAGGCAUCCUCCACUUGAUAGCAGCCAGCAACCAAGACAAGCCAGCAAAUCUCCAGAUCCCAGACUGCCUACUCUGAGCAAAAGUAGAACAGUUGACACACUGAAAACAGAGCAGCGGGUGCCUGGGAGGAGCCCAUCGGCCACGAGUCUGAGACAGUCUCAAUCAAGGACUGAUUUCAAAGAGGAUCCAAAGCCAAGCAUGAUGCCCAGCUUCCUCUCUGAUGCCAACCCAUUUGGCGCAGUCACUUCAGUCGUGAACAAAUUCAACCCAUUUGAUUUGAUAUCUGAGUCAGAUCCAGCCCAGGAAGGAGCUGCCAAACCCCAGAAACCUGUUCAGAAGGAGCAGGAGAGGCCUGAGCAGCAAAAGGGACCCCCAAAGCUACCUAUUCAACAGUCUCCAAAGCCAACAGGUCUGCUUCAAGGAGCCACCCCACAGAAAAUGGGACUUUCCAAACAGCAGCAGCCCCCUGGGAUGUCUAAGCAAGCUCACCACCAAGGUCCUAGCCAACCAAAAGGUCCUCCGGCAGAAGAAACAAAACAGCCACAAGGGCCACCAAAAACUCAGCCACAGCAGCUAGAACCUGCAAAACCUGUGCAACAGCAGAGCCCUGCAAAGCCUUCUACACAACAAGCACGUGCUGCAAAAGCAUCCCCCGCAUCCCUACCUGCAGAAUUGGCCCCAAAGAAAGCUUUCUGCCCUCUUUGCAGUACCACUGAGCUGAUGUCGCACCCUCCAGACAAGGCCAAUUGCAACACUUGCACUCAGUGUCAAAUUGUAGUCUGCAGCCUGUGUGGGUUCAAUCCUAAUCCGCACAUAGUGGAGGUUAAAGAAUGGCUCUGCUUAAACUGCCAGAUGCAAAGAGCGUUAGGUGGUGACUUCGCACCAGUUCACGGGCCUGGACCACAGCUCUCCUCACCGAAGCAGAAGAUUCCUGCUCCACCCUCAGCAGCCAAACCACCUUUCCAGCUGCAGAAGCCGAGCCUGACUAAGUCACCAGAACCCCAAAAGCCACCAACUCCGUUGAAAACUCCAGUGGCCAAAGUUCAACCUGUGGAAACCCCACCUAAAUCCAGCCAGGCCAAACCACCAUUGAUGGAAGAUAAACAGAAGCAAUCAAGAAUGCAAAGACCCACAGGUGGUGCUGUGCCUACACUGGUAGCUUCAAAGACCAAGCAAGAUGCCCCUGCUCCCCAGGCAACAUCAUCCCAGCCGAAAGAGGUGAAUCCUCAGAGAUUAGAGACUGCCAAGCCAGUUCAACAUGCAGCCCCUGCGGAUUUCGAAACCUUGCCACAGUUGUCUCAGCAGAACCCUGACCCCAAAGCUGUUUCUCAGCCUGGGCCUAGUCUGGAUGUUAAAGCUCAAAUGGAAGCUGAAAUUGUGGAAACAAAAGAAAGUUUUAAGAAAACACUACCACAUGUGAACCCUCAGCCAGAUGCCCAGCGGGAUCUCAAAGGGCGGCAGACUCCCGCAGGUCAAAAGCCUGCUCCAUCUCAGCCACAAGCUCCUUCCCAGCAGCCACAGAUGAUGCCAGAGCCAUCUCAGCACUUCAGUCUUACUGUAGGAGAUAUCACUGAUGCCCCAAAGCCACAGGUGACAACCUCUCAAGAAACCAUGACUGGGAAGCUCUUUGGAUUUGGGGUUUCCAUUUUCAGCCAGGCUUCCAGUUUAAUCUCCACAGGAGGGCAGCCAGGGGCUCAGUCGUCAGGUCUUCCAUCUGGGCCCCCAUCAAAGCAAUUCCCUUCCCCAGCCCAGCCGCCUUCCCAGAAAGAUGUCCAGCAGGCUCAAUUAUCUCCAAAAGCAAAUCCUGUGAAAAGAAAUAUCAGGCCUUCUAUGCCGGAAAAGCCUGAGCAACCCAAAGUGGAAGGCACCCCCACUGUCAAAGAAGCUGAAGGAGAAAAGUCUUUGCCUGGCAAAGAAACCAAACCCCAGAUUGCUAAAGCAAAGCCAAGUGAGCAGGAACCUUCACUUCCAGCAGCUGCUUGCCCUCUCUGUAAAACCGCACUCAAUGUGGGCUCCAAGGAUCAUUCCAAUUACCAGAAAUGCACAGAAUGCAAUAAUGUUGUAUGCAAUCUCUGUGGAUUUAACCCCACACCACACAUCACAGAGGUACAAGAAUGGCUGUGCUUAAAUUGCCAGACACAGAGAGCAUUAACAGGACAACUCGGGGAUAUGGGACAGUUGACACCUCCUAUACUUUCAAAAUCAUCACCAAAACCAUCAGUCUCUGUUCUAAGCCAGCCUAAGCUUGCUGAGUCAUCUUCCCAGCAAAAGGCUACAGCACGACCUUCUCAGGUACUGGAAAAGUCAAAAGAAUCCCGAGAAAUUAAGAAGGAAGAUCCAAAACUUCAACAGAAAAAAUUAACAAAGGACAUUUCUGCUGAUAAAGUACAAGAGACUGUUGAAAAAGAACAUUUAACAGCUCAAGAAAAAUUGGGAAAAACAGUAUCAGUUGAUAAAAUCACACAGAUCAUUCGAGAAGAUGAUUUAAAAAUUCAGAAGUUAAAAUUGGCAAAGUCUCCUUCUGCUGAUCAAAUUCCAAAGGAAGAGCUAAAACACAUAAGGCCAUCUGCAGAUAAGAUACCAGAUGAACUGGCAAAAAUGUCACCAUCUGAUAAAUUUCAGAAAGUAAUACUGGCUAAGACACCGUCACCCCAAAAAGCUCAAAAAGGAAAUCAAGAGCCGAAAGUUGCCCAGCCACGAUUUGGUGAUCAAAUUCAGAAGGAUGAUAUAAAUCUUCAGCACGUGAAACUGCCCAAAGAACCAUUUGCUGAUCAUGUUCAAAAGGAGGAGACAAAGAUCCAGCAGGGAAAACAGGCAAAACCUUUACCUGCUGAUAAGACUGUACAGCAGUUUCAAAAGGAAAAUUUGAAAAACCAGGAAGAAAAAUUGGCGGAAGUACCAUCUACCAGUGAAUUUAAGAGACCAGCUCCAGCAUUGAAGCAGGCAAAACUGGGUAAAAUACCAUCUGCUGAUCAGAUUUGGAAGGAUGACUCAAAACGACCGCAAGGAAAAAUAGUGAAGGCAUCCUCUGCUGAUCAGCUUCAACUGGACGAUCUGAAAUUUCUGCCGGUAAAACGAGUAAAUAUGCCUGUGGUGGGUCCAGUUUCUUCCAAGUCAAGUACUGAUGAGGCUCAACCGGCUAAAACAGUGGAGGAUGACUCCACGUCUCCAUUCUUGCAUGACAUCCCCCACUUCCCUGAGACCAAGCUUGAACUAGUGACAGGUGGAGCCGAAGAGAAGUUAGAAGCCAAAGUGCCUGAAGGAACAAGAAAAAAGGAAGACAUUAAAAAGGAGGAUUCAACCAUAGGGAUUCCAGAGACCUACUCCAAAGAUCAGAAAUCUCAAAAAGAAAUUUCAGUUCCAGCAAUACCAUUAGCAAAGCCUGAUCAUAUUGAAGCACUAAAAGGAAAAGCAGAAAAAGAAAACAACAAAUCAGACACAUCGAGUUCACAGCAACAAAGAAGUCCACAAGGCUUUAGUGACACAGGAUACUCAUCGGAUGGGAUAUCAAGUUCACUUGGUGAAAUUCCUAGUCUUAUCACAAGUGAUGAAAAGGAUAUGCUGAAAGAACCUUAUAAAGAAGAAACACUUUCACAAGAGAGUAGCCCAACAAGUCCAUCUGAUCUUGCUAAGCUAGAAAGCACUGUCUUGUCAAUUUUGGAAGCUCAAGCUUGUAGCAUUGCUGAAGAGAAAACUGAAAAGCCACAAGUCCUUUCUGGUGUUUAUGCUGAACAGACAAAACACACACACAAAACAAAGCCUCUGCCUGUUGCACUAGAAUCCUGCAGUUCAGAUGAUGAAGAUUUAAUGAUGCCAAAAAUCCAAGGGAAAAAUGGAAGAACUCCUGCAGAAGAUGGUAAACAAAGCAUACCAUCUCAGAAGAAGUACAAGCAAAUGGCAAGUACAAUGGAAGAUGCAUCAACAAGAAGGCAACGCUAUGACUCUGUAGAAGAUAGCAGUGAAAGUGAGAAUUCACCAGUUCCACAGAGAAAAAGACAGACUAGUGUUGGCUCUUCCAGCAGUGAUGAAUAUAAACCAGAAGACAGUCCAGGCUCAGGUGAUGAAGAAGAAUUAAUUCGAAAACAGAUCUUGGAAAUGAGUGCAGAUGAAGACGCUUCAGGAUCUGAAGAUGACAAAUUCAUCAGGAAUCAGCUGAAGGAAAUCAGUGCAAAUGAAAGCCCAAUAAAGGAAGAAGUGAAGAGUAAAAAGGGAACAGCAGGAAAACAUAAGAGGUUAAUGCGCAAAAGUAGCAUAGGCUAUGAAGAGGAUGCCAGUAGGCGCCAUUCCUGGCAUGAUGAUGAUGAUGAAGAUGAUGAUGGUGAUGAUGAUGAUGAUGAGACUUUUGAUGAAAGUCCAGAAUCAAAAUCUAGGGAAACAAAAAGUCAAGACAGUGAAGAAACCACAAGAGGAGGCCUCCGUCGUUUCAAAACUAUAGAACUUAACAGCACAAUAGCAAAUAAAUAUUCUGAGGAAUCUGAACAACCACAGAGGAGUAUGUAUUUUGAUGAAGAACCGGAGUUAGAGAUGGAGAGUCUUACAGAUUCACCAGAAGAUAGGUCCCGAGGAGAAGGGUCUUCUAGUCUGCAUGCCUCCAGUUUCACUCCAGGCACUUCUCCUACAUCUGUAUCAUCGCUCGAUGAAGACAGUGACAGUAGUCCAAGUCACAAAAAAAUGGGAGGAGAAAGUAAACAGCAUCGUAAAGCCAGACAUCGAACACAUGGUCCUCUUCUUCCAACUAUUGAAGACUCUUCAGAAGAAGAGGAGCUCAGGGAGGAGGAAGAACUGUUAAAAGAGCAAGAAAAACAACGUGAGCUAGAGCAGCAGCAAAGAAAGAGCUCUAGCAAAAAAUCUAAGAAAGACAAGGAUGAGCUCAGAGCCCAGAGAAGAAGAGAACGGCCAAAGACACCACCAAGUAAUCUUUCUCCAAUUGAGGAUGCUUCCCCAACAGAAGAACUGCGUCAGGCAGCAGAAAUGGAGGAACUACAUCGGUCUUCCUGCUCUGAAUAUUCACCAAGUAUUGAAUCAGAUCCUGAAGCCUUUGAAAUCAGUCCUGAAAAAAUAAUAGAAGUUCAAAAAGUGUAUAAAUUGCCUACAUCUGUCUCUUUAUAUUCUCCUACAGAAGAUCAGCUGCUUGAGAUUGUUACAGAAAACAGUGGUCUAAAGACUUUAAAAAGUGCUGAAGAAGUGUAUGAAGAAAUGCUGCACACAUCUCAUAAAGGCCAGAAAUUUGCAGAUGUCUGUGAAAAAGAUGAAGUAUUUGAAAAAGAGCCCUUAUAUGGUGGUAUGCUAAUAGAGGACUAUAUUUAUGAAUCUUUGGUAGAAGAUACCUACAGUGGGGCUCCUGAGGCUAGUCUUAUUGCAAAACAGAAUGAGAAUGAUGAAUUUAGCCAACAGAGAGAUAAAGACAAGAAAACAAAGCCUCUUGGUCAGCUAGAUGGAGGGCCUAUACAAAAAUCUAUAGAUGUACAGAAAGAGUAUUAUAGCAUAGAAUCACUGCAUACUGUUAUAUCUCAAGAAGACAUUGUGUGUAGCUCUUACAUCAUGCCAGAAAGUCAUGAAAUAGUUGUUUUGGAGAGUGAGGCACCAUCUUCAAGUGAUGAAAAGCAGUUGUUAGAUGCAGAUGCCACUUAUGAGGAGCUUAUGAAGCAACAAGGAAUGCAAUUGAGCCCAAGCUCCAGUCCCACUCAGCUGUCACCUGAAUUAAUUCUUCCCUCAGAUACAAAGACAUCUGGGAAAGCAUCAGAUACCAUGUCAUCGACAUCAAGUACUCCUUCAGCAGUUUUAGAUAGACCUUCACUGAGUUCUGUAGCGCUUCCUAUUCCAGAUGUCAGAAUUACUCAGCACUUUACAGCUGAUGAAAUAGAAGAUGAAUACCUCACAGAUUAUGCCCAGGAGAUUGAAGAAGUUAUUUCCCAUGAGGCAUCCAUACUGACAUACUCAGAAGCCUCAGAAAGUGCUGCAUCCGUUUUACCUUCAGAUGCAUCAUCCCUCACAUCAUCCACAUCUUCAGUUUACACAACUGGUAGUUCUUCUCCUGUGGCUGGACCAGAUGGAAUGACUUUAGGCUAUGGAGAAACUGUAGAUACUGUAAGCAAGUUAUCAGAUUCUGACAGGACAAGUACAGUGAACCAGGUUCCCAUAACUUCUACAAAAGAGUACUCUGAAUCUGCUGUGUUAUUCCCUAAGAAGGCAUUUUUAGCUGAAGAUGCAGCACAUGUAGAUCAGGUUUCCUUGCCUGAAGUUGCAUCCAUCACAGCAACAUAUAUAGAUACAAAACCCAGACCUGUUGUACCUGUCUCAGUUGCUAUGGAAACCGUCUCAUCCAAAGAAGACAAAACUAGAAAAGAUGUGAUCACACCUAAGGUGUUGAGGGAGCUGUAUGAAGAGGAACAGAAAACAGCUGCUAUCAAGAUAUCAAGGACAGCUUUAACAGAUUCUAUACCUGAUGAAAAAUUUACAUUUGCAGCUCAUUCUACAGAGCCAACACCAAUAAUAUCCUCCUUUACUUCUACUGUGCCUACAUUGCCAUCUGCAGUUUCACCAUUUCCCACUGUUGCAUCCAAAACAUUCUCAUUUGUCAGAAGUUCUUCUUUAGACUCUCCUGCUCAGCCAUCUUCUCUUCCACCCUCUCGACCUCCCCCUCUUCCCCCUCCCCCCCCACCUCCACCACCUACUCUGCCUAAGCCAGCGCUUUAUCCUAAAAGGAAACCACUGGCUAAGGCUCCACUGACAACAGCUCUGACCAUAGCACCAUCUGUCAGCAGUGUCAAAUCAGUAGAGACAACUUCUGCCAUAAAAACCAAUGGGACACUUGUCACAAGGAUAUAUACAUCCAUACCCCCUCCUGUUCCUCCUAAGCCAGCCUCAAUUCCAUCAGGACUUGUGUUCACACACAGACCUCCUGAAAUAAUUAAGCCUCCUAUUGCUCCCAAACCAGCAGUUCCUCAGUUGCCAACAAAUGUUCACAAACCAGCAGAAGUGCAGCCCAAGCCGGUAGGUUUGUCUUUAGCUAGUGGUAUGUCUUUGAACUUGGUUUCCCCAGCUGAGUACAAGUUGACAUCCCCUACGUCACCAUUGUCUCCACAUUCAAACAAAUCUUCACCAAGGCUGUCAAAACCUACUCAGGAAACCUAUGUUGUUAUCACAUUGCCCUCUGAGCCUGGAACUCCAACUGAGUCCAUUACCAGCCAGGCAAUUAUUAGUUGGCCUUCAGGAUCACCCCCUAAGGAACAGGUGCCACUGAAUGUGCAACCAUUAUUUAUUCCAUCCAUCAGUGCUCUGCAGAUUCAAAGCACAACUGAUCAGUUUGUUCCUGCUAUUCCUAUCACUGCCCGCUCAAUUUUUGAAAUAGUCCCUAGCUCAGCAACACAGUUAAUAACAACAGAGGUUGCCAGAACUUCAGUGUCUUUGGUCAAAGGUUCUGGUUUUGGCGGUGUUUCCAUAACUAUACCGCCAGAACCGGCACAGUUAGUAGAUCCAUCCAGAUAUAGAGAAAAUGGAAGAUUCCAUCUCUUUAGUGAUGUCAUUGAUCUUCGCACUUUGACUAAAAUGGAUUUUGAAAGGACGGACAGCUGUAUGGAUCUAUCUGCUGCUCCCAUUGAUGUAAGACGGCAAACCAUGGCAAGUGAUGUAUCUGGACGGCCAUUAAGCACUAUUCAACCAGCUAUAAUAAAUCUCAGCACUGCAUCAACAGCAGAGCCUUCUUUAGCUCCAGUUACUGAAACAAUUACAAUAGUAACCUGCACGGCUACUGUAAGCUAUAGUUCUAGUUCAGAAAGUCUUGUAGACCUUGGACAUGCAAUGACUACUCCACUGCAGCUAACAUCACAACAUUUUGAACUUGGAUCUAGAGCAGCCAGUAGCCAGGCACUCUCUGCAGGCAGAAUAGUUGCCAUAAAUCUUUGCCUAGGUACUCCAGUGACCUGGGCUUCUAAAAAGCUGGUGACUGUCCCUCCUGUGGGUGUAACCAGUGUUUGGGCUGAUGUUGGCACUGCUUGUGAACCGAUGGAGAGUGGAGUAGUUGAUCUCAGUACCACAAAAUCCCAUAGGACAAUGGUGUCAGUGGAUGAAAUGACUUCAGGAAUUGUUACCACUGUAAUAGAAGAUGAUGAAAAACCUGUGGAUUUGACCGCAGGGAGAAGGGCUGUUUGUUGUGAUGGUUACAGGGAUGAUCACUAUCAGUAUGACCGCUCAGGGCCGUAUAGUUACAGAUCCAUUGGUGGUAUGAAGCCUUCUAUGUCAGACACCAAUUUAUCAGAAGCUGGACUUUUUCUGUACAAAAGCAAGAAUACUUUUGACUACCAAGCUGGGGAAACUGAUGUAGCAGUAGACUUAACUUCUGGCAGAGUAAUGACAGGUGAAAUUGUGGAUUACUCAAGCAAGAUUACUGGUCCUUAUCCAGAGACUCGGCAAGUUGUUUCUGGCAUGGGGAUCAGUGCACCUCAGUAUUCCCAAGCAAGAAUAGUGCCAACAGUAGGAUCCCCAUACGGCAUUGGGAGUGUUUUAAGAUCAUCCAAUGGAGUUGUGUAUUCAUCAGUUGCAACUCCAGUCCCAUCGACCUAUGCUAUCACAACGCAACCAGGUUCUAUUUUCAGUACUUCAGUAUCUGCUCUCCCAACAGCUGAUAAAAUGCCCUCGUUAUCAACCUUGCAACAGAACCAGGCACCUCCAAGAUCAUACAGUUUCUUGACCACUAUGUCAUCAGACAAAGAGGGUAAGAUUACUGACAUAGACACUGAGCCAGUAUUACACCCCCACUCUAUAGAAACUAUCACAAAUGAGCCCACCAACUUGUUACCUGUCUUUACUACAGCUUCAGAAGCUUUCAUGGAUGUUAUUCAGGAUGAAGCUACACUUCUCAUUGCCCCUCAAGAAGGCAAACAGCAACAUCUUGACUUGGAGCGUGAAUAUCUAGAGCUCGAGAAACUGAAACAGCAACGCUUUGCAGAGGAGCUAGAGUGGGAACGCCAAGAAAUACAAAGAUUCAGAGAACAAGAACAAUUUAUGGUUCAAAAAAAGCUUGAGGAAUUGCAAUCUAUGAAACACCAUCUCCUAUAUCAGCAGGAGGAAGAGCGACAGGCUCAAUUCAUGAUGAGACAGGAAACAUUAGCUCAGCAGCAACUACACAUUGAACAAAUCCAGCAACUUCAACAGCAGCUUCACCAACACUUAGAAGAACAAAAAAUUCACCAAAUCUAUCAGUAUAAUUAUGACCCUUCAAGAACUGUGUCUCCACCAACGACCACAGAUCCAGUCAUUAUUGAAGACCAAUAUGCAGCUGCUGUAAACAGCCAGUUUUGGACUGGUGAGGAAGCUACUUCAACCACUUCUGCUGUUCUAGGCAUUGAAAUUCCACAAAGCCAAGCCUGGUACACAUUUCAGUCAGAUGGUGUUACUCAGUACAUUCCUAGGCCUGGCAUACUAAGUUCUGUUUCAGAUAUGUCUCUUAAGGACAUUGAUGUGAGAGAGGAAAAACAACUGAAAAAGAGGAGCUCCAUGCCAAAGCUGCUUGGCCCAUAUGAGGAACUUGAUGAAACCAUGGAAGAGGAGCCCAGGUGUCUUAAAAAUAUAGCAGAGAGUGGUGUCCAAACUGAUGAUGAGGAUAGUGCAGAUACAAACUACACGGACCAAAGACAGAGAACUAAAAAGAGUGUUGAUACAAGUGUCCAGACAGAUGAUGAGGACCAAGAUGAAUGGGAGCCAACCAGCAGAUCAAGAAGAAAAACUCAUGCCGGGAAAUAUGAAGUUACCACUGAGGUGGACAAGGCUAAACCAUUCUCCAAAUUUUCCAGCACUGCAGUACAGACAGUAGCAGAGAUUUCUGUACAAACAGAACCUGUAGGGAUGAUAAGGACCCCAUCGAUAAGGGCCCAGCUGGAUGCUAAGGUAGAAAUAGUAAAACACAUUUCAGCUCCAGAAAAGACGUAUAAAGGCAGAAGUUUGGGAUGUCAGACAGAAACAGACUCAGACUCCCAAAGCCCUCAAUACCUCACAGCCAUCUCCCCUCAAAAAGACAAAAAACGCCCAACACCCUUAGAAAUAGGUUAUUCAACCCAUCUCCGGCCAGAACCUACACUCCAGGUAGCACCUUCCCCUCCAAAAUCCCCCAAAGUUCUCUAUUCUCCCAUUUCCCCUGUUUCUCCAGCUGCAGUUAUAGAGUCAGCAUUUGUGCCCUAUGAAAAAUCCCUAAGUGAAGACAUUAGUCCUCAGAAGAUUGCACAUGCUGAUGUCACCAAGAUUACUCAGCUGAGCCCAAAGUCUGCCAAGGUGAUGCAGCGUUCCUUGUCUGACCCUAAACCUCUGAGCCCAACAGCUGAAGAUCCCUCAAGAAGUCAUUUUCAGUACUCUGAUGGUUUCUUGAGUAAAGGCUCUUCAAGUAUAGCAUCAUCAGGAAUGCAGAAGAAAGUCAAACGGACUCUGCCCAACCCACCUCCAGAAGACAUUGCUGUAGGAACACAGUCUGCCUUUACCACUGUGGGGUCAGUUUCACGUCGAAGGAUCUGUAGAAGCAACACUAUGGCCAGAGCUAAAAUCCUCCAGGAUAUAGACAGAGAACUGGAUCUAGUAGAACGAGAGUCAGCCAAGCUUCGGAAGAAGCAAGCAGAGCUAGAUGAGGAAGAGAAGGAAAUAGAUGCAAAGCUUCGAUAUUUAGAAAUGGGCAUCAAUCGACGAAAGGAAGCAUUGCUUAAAGAAAGAGAAAAAAGAGAGCGUGACUAUCUUCAAGGAGUAGCAGAGGAACGGGAUUAUAUGUCAGACAGUGAAGUUAGCAGCACCAGGCCUGCCAGGAUAGAAGCUCAGCAUGGCUUGGAAAGGCCUCGGACUGCACCGCAAACAGAAUUUGAUCAGUUUUUACCUGCACAGUCUCAACCAGAAACUCAAUUUGCAACUCCUACAAGCCCUUAUACACAGUAUCAAUACUCUUCACCUGCCCUUCCUACUCAAGCAUCAGUUCAGUACACACAGCAAUCACAUUACCAACAGCAACAGCCUUUAUACCAAUCACCGCAGGUUUCUCCUUAUCAGACCCAGUCAGCAUUCCAGACAGUGGCAACGAUGUCCUUUACACCUCAGGCUCAGCCACCACCAACCCAACAGCCUUCCUAUCAACUCUCAUCACAAUUGGUGGUAAUCCCACAAAAAGCAAGGCAAACUUCAUUAUACCUGGAACCCAAGAUAACAACAAAUUAUGAUGUAAUUCACAAUCAGCCUCUGAUGAUAGCACCUUCAUCUUCAGAUAAUACCUAUGCAGUGUCCCAUUUGGGUAGUAAAUACAGUACCUUGGACUUAAGAAUGGGACUGGAUGAGAGGAGCAGCAUAGCCAGCAGUCCUAUCUCCAGCAUAUCUGGUGAUUCAUUCUAUGCAGAUAUAGACCACCACACACCACGCAAUUAUGUGCUGAUUGAUGAUAUUGGGGAGAUCACUAAAGGAACAUCAUCUCUGAGCUCUGUUUAUGGCCUUCAUGAGAAGGAUCUAACCAAAACCGACCGGCUCCUUCGAACAACUGAGGCCCGUAGGGUGCAAGAAGUCUCAGAUUUCCUUCCACCACUGCAGCCUUCUUCUCGGUUGCAUAAUUACAUGAAAACUGAUGAAGACCCAAUGGAAGAUCCUUAUGAACUAAAGCUUCUAAAGCAUCAGAUUAAGCAGGAGUUCCGCCGGGGUGCAGAAAGCUUGGAUCAUGUGGCAGGCCUUUCACAGUAUUACCAUGGAGAUACUAGCUACAGAUAUUUCCCCAAGUCUGAGAAAUACAGCAUAAGCCGGCUUACCUUAGAGAAACAAGCUGCCAAACAGCUUCCAGCAGCUCUCCUUUACCAAAAACAGUCAAAGCAUAAGAAGGCUUUGAUAGAUCCCAAAUUAUCUAAAUUUUCGCCCAUACAGGAAAGCAGGGACCUUGAGCUGGACUAUUCAACCUACCUAACUUCCAGCACUUCUUCACUUGGGGGCAUCACCUCCAGAGCAAGGCUUCUCCAGGAUGAUGUUACGUUUGGUCUUCGAAAAAAUAUCGCAGACCAACAGAAGUUUAUGGGACCAACGCUUGUACAUUCCCUUGGUACAAGCCUUGGAGCUGCACUGAGCACAUCAAUGAGAUCCACUUUCCAAGAUGAUCCUGACAAACCCUACGGCAGUGGCAGCAGGUCCAGGCCUUCCUCCCGGCCAUCAUCAGUCUAUGGGAUUGACUUAUCACUGAAAAGAGAUUCUUCGAGCUCUUCUUUAAGGCUGAAAACCCAAGAGACUGAGCCUAUAGAUGUUCCUUUCAGCCAUGCAGCCCCAUCUGGAAGAACUAAACCAACCAGUCUACCUAUAAGUCAGAGCAGGGGACGGAUCCCAAUAGUUGCACAGAAUUCAGAAGAAGAAAGUCCUUUAAGCCCUGUGGGUCAGCCAAUGGGAAUGGCAAGAGCAGCAGCUGGGCCAUUACCUCCGAUAUCUGCAGACACUAGGGACCAGUUUGGGUCAAGCCAUUCAUUGCCCGAAGUUCAACAGCACAUGAGGGAAGAAUCACGAGCUCGGGGUUAUGAUCGGGAUAUUGCCUUCAUCAUGGAUGAUUUUCAACAUGCCAUGUCAGACAGUGAAGCCUACCACCUUCGCCGGGAAGAAACAGAUUGGUUUGACAAACCUCGGGAGUCUCAUUUGGAGAAUGGACAUGGCUUUGAUAGAAGGCUACCAGACAAGCUAGCCCACUCAAGACCACCAAGCCAGCAUCAAGAUCAAAUAAAUGGGAAGCCAAUCCAAUACAUCUUUCCCCACGCAAGACUGAAACUUCUGAGGGACCCAAAGGAUCACUCAGUUUCAGGCAAUGGGCUGGGGAUCCGAGUUAUAGGUGGGAAAGAGAUUCCCGGAGCCAAUGGCGAAAUUGGUGCUUACAUUGCUCAAAUCAUGCCUGGUGGAAGUGCUGAACAGACAGGAAAAGUUACAGAAGGAAUGCAGGUGCUGGAAUGGAAUGGCAUUCCCUUGACUGCCAAGACAUAUGAAGAAGUCCAGAGUAUCAUCAGUCAACAGAACGGGGAAGCAGAAAUAUGUGUAAGACUGGAUCUCAAUAUGCUGUCAGAUGCUGAGAAUCCCCAACAUCUGGAAUUGCUUGACCCUGGAAAAACAGUGGAAAAAACAAAGUCUCCAGGAGUUGAUCCUAAGCAAUUAGCUGCAGAGCUGCAAAAGGUCUCCCUACAGCAGGCUCCUUUGGUUGUCUCCUCAGCCAUGGACAAGGGCUCCUGUGCUCACUCUGGCACUACAUCAGCCACUUCCAGUUCUGUUCCCAGCCCUGGCCAGCCUGGUUCUCCUUCAGUCAGCAAGAAACGGCACAGCGGCAAGCCUGCUGAAGCUACAAAGUCCAGUUCGCAUCCAGUUACCGGAGAAAUUCAGCUUCAAAUCAACUAUGACAAGCAUCUUGGUAAUCUGAUCAUUCAUGUGCUUCAAGCAAGAAAUCUUGCUCCCCGGGACAACAAUGGCUAUUCUGACCCAUUUGUCAAGGUCUAUCUUCUGCCUGGAAGAGGUCAAGUAAUGGUUGUCCAGAAUGCAAGUGUUGAGAACAAGAGGAGAACUAAAUACGUACAGAAAACCUUGAAUCCUGAAUGGAACCAGACAGUCAUUUAUAAAAACAUCUCCACAGAGCAGCUGAAGAAGAAAACCUUAGAAGUUACAGUCUGGGACUAUGACAGAUUCUCCUCCAAUGACUUGCUUGGUGAGGUAUUAAUUGAGCUAUCUAGCACCUCUCAACUAGAUAAUACUCCUCGGUGGUAUCUACUGAAGGAGCAAAGUGAAGGCAUCGACCAUGGCAAAUCCCAUUCUGGACAAAGCAGCCAGCAGUCACCAAAACCAUCUGUCAUCAAGAGCAGAAGCCAUGGGAUUUUUCCUGAUCCAUCCAAAGACAUGCCAGUGUCCACCAUUGAGAAGUCCCACAGCAGUCCUGGAAGCUCCAAAUCAUCCUCUGAAGGACACCUGCGCUCCCACGGACCAUCCCGCAGCCAAAGCAAAACCAGCGUCACUCAAACUCACCUUGAAGAUGCUGGGGCAGCCAUUGCCGCUGCUGAAGCAGCUGUCCAACAGCUCCGCCUUCAACCAACAGCACAUAAAAGCGGUCAAUCUAAUAAUGCAAAGAAGCAGCACAGACACAGCAUUGCAGGAGUCCUUCCCAUUCAAAGAACUCAGUCUGACAAUCUGCCUCCACCAGCCAGUGACAGCAGAGAUCAAAGCCAGCUAGCCCUCAGGAAAGUGAUGUCCGAUGAACCAGCCAAACCUGAAGGAGCAAAGCCCACCAACCACCGACAAGGAGAAAGCUCCAUCUCAGCAGGCUCAUCAGCCAGUAGCUUUGGCAGUGGAUACAGUGUGGACAGUGAAGGAAGCAGCAGCACCAGCAUCACCGGAGACACCAAUAUGUAUCCCAUUCCGAGAAUAGGAAAGAUGAACCAGAAUGGACAAGAUGCAAUGAAGCCAUCAGGAGUAGGAUUAACAGAGAGUGAAGGGAAAACCCAGAUGGUGGGUGAAAUUAAGAUUGCUCUAAAGAAGGAAAUGAAGACAGAUGGCGAACAGCUAAUCGUGGAGAUCCUUCAGUGUAGAAAUAUCACAUACAAGUUUAAAUCCCCAGAUCACUUACCAGAUCUGUAUGUGAAGUUGUAUGUUGUUAACCUUGCUACUCAAAAGAGAGUGAUGAAGAAGAAAACAAGAGUAUGCAGGCAUGACAGAGAACCUUCGUUCAAUGAAACAUUUAGAUUCAGUUUGAAUCCUAGCGGACAUUCUCUCCAGAUUCUCCUUGUUUCCAAUGGAGGAAAGUUUAUGAAGAAGACUUUAAUUGGCGAGGCAUAUAUCUGGCUUGACAAAGUGGACCUCAGGAAAAGAACAGUAAACUGGCACAAACUUUUGGUCAGCUCAACACAGGCACAUUGA